GGUGCAGGCCCGGGAGGAGGGCGGGGGCGCCAGGCGGCUCCGGAGAGCCCAGGGACAUGGCACUGCCCGACGAUGAGGAGGGGACAACGGUGGCGAACGGGCACCCGCCCGCGAAUGGAUACCUCCCGGUCCCGGGGGACGCGCCCGCUGGAAAGGUGAGCGCGGAGACGCAGAACGGCCCCAAAGCCGGCUGCCUGGCCCUGAAUGGGGUCUCUCGGGACAGCCCCAAGGCCGCCUCGGGAGCCCUGGACGGGCCGAAGACUCCGCUGGCCCCGGAGGAGGAGACCCAGGCCCGGUUGCUGCCCAAGGACCCCGGCGAGGAGACGCCGGCGGUCGAGGGCACCCUGGUGCCCCGGACGGCGCUCUCCGCGCGGCGCUUUUUGGUGCUACUGAUCUUCAGCCUGUACUCGCUGGUGAACGCGUUUCAGUGGAUCCAAUACAGCAUCAUCAGCAACGUUUUCGAGGGCUUCUACAACGUCUCCUCGCUGCACAUUGACUGGCUGUCCAUGGUGUACAUGCUGGCCUACGUGCCCCUCAUCUUCCCGGCCACCUGGCUGCUGGAUACCAGAGGCCUGCGGCUCACCGCCCUGCUGGGCUCCGGCCUCAACUGCCUGGGCGCCUGGAUCAAGUGCGGCAGCGUGCAGCAGCAUCUCUUCUGGGUCACCAUGUUGGGCCAGUGCCUGUGCUCUGUGGCCCAGGUGUUCAUCCUCGGCUUGCCCUCCCACAUCGCUUCAGUGUGGUUUGGGCCCAAGGAGGUGUCCACAGCUUGCGCCACCGCCGUGCUAGGUAAUCAGCUUGGAACUGCAGUUGGCUUUAUGCUGCCACCAGUUUUAGUGCCGAACACACAGAAUAACACACAACUGCUGGCUUGUAAUAUCAGUACCAUGUUUUAUGGAACUUCAGCUGUCGCCACACUUUUAUUUAUUUUAACGGUAAUUGCAUUCAAAGAAAAACCUCAGUAUCCACCAAGCCAGGCUCAAGCAGUUCUCCAAGACAGUCCCCCUGGAGAGUAUUCUUAUGUGAAAUCAAUAAGGAACCUAUUUAAAAAUAUUCCUUUUGUCCUUCUAUUGAUCACUUAUGGUAUCAUGACUGGAGCAUUUUAUUCAGUCUCAACAUUAUUAAAUCAAAUUAUACUGACAUACUAUGAGGGAGAAGAAGUGAAUGCUGGAAGGAUUGGGCUAACACUAGUAUUAGCUGGAAUGGUGGGCUCUAUUCUUUGUGGUUUAUGGCUGGAUUAUACCAAAACAUACAAACAUACUACUUUGACAGUUUACAUUUUGUCUUUUGUUGGAAUGGUUAUAUUUACUUUCACACUAAACCUUGGACACAUUAUCAUCGUGUUUGUCACUGGAGGGUUGCUUGGUUUCUUCAUGACUGGUUACCUCCCCUUGGGUUUUGAAUUUGCUGUUGAAAUCACUUACCCUGAGUCUGAAGGUACUUCAUCUGGUCUUCUUAAUGCUGCUGCACAGAUAUUUGGAAUUUUAUUCACAUUGGCGCAAGGAAAGCUCACAUCAGACUAUGGUCCUAGGACAGGGAACGUUUUCCUCUGUGUUUGGAUGUUUGUAGGCAUCAUUUUAACAGCAUUAAUCAAGUCCGAUCUGAAAAGACACAAUAUAAAUAAAGGAAUUACAAAUGGCGAUAUUAAAGCUGUACCAGCUGAUAGUCCCACAGAUGAAGAAUCAAAAACUAUUCUGAUGUCCAAGCAAUCAGAAUCAGCAAUUUGAGACCAGCUGUCCAAGCCCCCUCAGUGUGAAUACAGUCUACGAAUAUGACA